AUGGGCAUGGCUGUGGCGAUUAUCCUGUUUGGCUGGAUCAUUGGCGUGCUUGGCUGUUGCUGGGACAGAGGCCUCAUGCAAUAUGUGGCUGGCCUCCUCUUCCUCAUGGGAGGAACCUUCUGCAUCAUCUCCCUUUGCACGUGCGUUGCUGGCAUUAACUUUGAGCUUUCCCGUUACCCACGGUACCUAUAUGGCCUGCCUGAUGACAUUGGACAUGGCUAUGGCUGGUCCAUGUUUUGCGCCUGGGGAGGUCUCGGCCUCACCCUCAUUGCUGGCUUCUUCUGCACUCUGGCUCCCUCUGUCCAGCCAAUACCGAGAUCCACCUGCCCCAAGUCUCGGCAAGAGAAUGGGACCGUCUGCUAA